AUUCACAAUUAUGGUUUGCUAUUCACCUCCUCCGCCUUUAUUACAAAUUGCGCCACCCGUUCGUUAUACAAUUGUAUCUGGUUAAUAACAGCAUGCGUCGGUUUUCCCAGGACAGAAAGACGAGAUGGGCAUGUCAGGAUGGAGAAAAACUGUCGAUCAUGGUACAAAACGGAAACAUGAUGGAGAUGGUCCUGAGAUGAGAGGGACUAGUAAAAAUGCUACCACCAUGGGUCAUCAUGCACCUUCGGCGACUACUGAAUACAAUACCCCAGACACGAAGUUUAACCCGAAGCUGCCGUUCCCUCGAGAUGACGAUUAUUAUAAAACACUUUAUACGGAGGAGCUUGACUUCGGUCUUCUUGGGCGGCAUGAUCCAGAAUUAAAUGCUGUAUUAGACCGCGGCUCACAUCUUGACUUCACCAAUCCCAAGUCUGUUAUGCAGCUUACCAAGACUCUCCUUCGGCUCAAUUUUGGUUUGCUGAUUGACCUACCUACGGAUCGUCUCUGUCCUCCUGUACCCAAUCGGCAUAAUUAUAUUCUUUGGCUGAAGGACCUUCUUGAUUCGUCCUCACCCUCAUAUCUAGACCGUGGCAACCCAGCUCAGCCAGUAACUGGUUUAGACAUAGGAACAGGCGCAAACCUCAUCUACCCUCUUCUAGGUUGUGCCCAACGACCGUCGUGGUCGUUCAUCGCCACCGAUGUAGACGCGAAGUCCCUGGCCUGUGCACGCAAAAAUGUUGAGCUUAACGGUUUACAAACACGGAUACGUGUGGUUGAUCGGGUCCUCGAGGAUUGCCUCAUCCCCCUAGAUGAGCUCGGUCUCGAGACCAUCGACUUUGCCAUGGUCAAUCCACCCUUCUAUACGUCCGAGAUGGAACUAGCAGAUUUAGCCAAACAGAAAUCCCGACCCCCGAAUAGUGCAUGUACAGGUGCGCCUAUCGAAAUGGUCUGUGCGGGAGGUGAGGUUGGUUUUGUUCGCCGAAUAAUUGACGAGUCUUUGGUUCUGAGGCGGAGAGUGCAGUGGUAUACUUCCAUGCUAGGGAAACAGUCAAGUCUAGAGAUGAUCGUCAACAUUUUAAAACAACACGGCGUAGAUAACUAUGCCGUAACUGCAUUUAUCCAGGGAAAAAAGACUCGUCGUUGGGCUGUCGGGUGGAGCUUUGAGAGUCGCCGGCCAAGUCUUUCAGCAAGCAGAGGCUGUGAACCUUCAGCCGGGAAGAAGCUCUUACCUUGUCUUACUGAGGUCACUAUUGGCACAUGGUAUGCACCGCCACAGCAUAUCGAGAAAAUGCUCCGUGAUACGAUUGAAAAUCUCGACUUGGUUUCGUGGACUUGGGACCAGCCGCCGUCUAGUGGCUUAGGCUUCGUAGAUGGCAAUGUAUGGGGCCGAGCUUAUCGAAGGCAAAGAGCAAGGGAACAGAUAAUUAGGCGCACGGGCAAUGGGCAACCCGUUCAUAGCCAUCCUCUCGCCCAACAAAAGAGUCACGAAGAAUGCGCAUUCGGUUUCUCGGUGGCUAUUCAACCCUUGAAGGAUUUAGGGAGUAUUGAGAACCGGUGUACGGUUGUGGUACGUUGGCUACAGGGCAACGAAUACGCAGUUUUCGAAAGUUUCACUGGGUUUCUUCGAAAAUCCAUGUGCUCAGAUCGAUAAAAAAUUACGACGUUUCGUCUCGAUUUGAGGCAGCAGGCUUAUUAACGCGAUGUUUCAGCAAAGUGUACACAUUUGACGCCAGCCUAACCGUGUCUUAUUCAUCGCAUAUCGUACCCCUGUUGAACGAAUCUGUCUAUGCUUACUACAAGUAUGAUUUCGAGAUGCUUCAUUAAUUAAAAAUUGCCGAGUCGCGAUAUCCUCAAAAAUUGGAGUUUACCCGGAUCCCUGUUCUCCUCACUGAUACGGCUUAGUGAUAACAUAAAGAGGCGUUCUACACGGGCAGCUCCCAUCAGUGCUUUGAUUCAUUCUUCGAUACGAACGAAGAAGUUCGUUUCUCCGUCUUUGGGGGCUACAGCGGCCCUUUCAACGAGCUCAUCGCCGACGGCCAAACGCAAUUUUUCAGGGGUCGCCGGAGCAUUG